AUGUCUCUUCAGAAAACACCGUCCGCAUCUCUGAACUCCUUAUCAUCUGAGGCCAAAAAGUCAAGAGUCUCUGUAGUCAAGGAGGAGACCGGAGGACUUCCUGAACUAAGGGAGCAAAAAAGUAUGGUGGGUCAUUCCAAACCCCUUCCUACUUCCCUUCAGAAUGAGUUCAUCCCCGAGGAGAUUCUGCUUUCUCUAACCUAUGCAGCCAAUGCCGGUCCCUGUCCUGAAUAUUUACUGCCUCCUAAGAAAACUAAAACUCCAAAGGGUACUCUUCCACGCCCUGUAGACCAUGUCUGGCAGCACCCUAUUCGAAGGAAUAAAUUCAAAUACCUGAUUGACCAUCCUGUCUCCCUGACAGGAGCUGCAAGGGACAUUUCUUUUCUGUAUGACAUAAAACGUGUAAAAGGAGAGAUUAGAGAGAAUGUAGUUUGUCCUCCACGUAUGGACCGUUCAUUAGAGUCACAUGAUGGUGCCAUGGUGCCUCAUAAGCCAAAGACAUUAACAGAUACUUUGAUUCCUGAAGAAUUUCAUAUCGUGUCAAGUACAGGAGUUUCAGGUUUAGAGUGUUAUGACGACAAAUAUACUACUCUCCUGACAGAUAGUGAAAACAGGCUGUUACUCUUCCCAUCCAUGAAACCUAAUAAAAGAGUAGAAGUGAUCAAGCUGAAUGAUGUGAUGGAUAUUAUGCUGGAGAGGGCUGGUAUAGAAAGUGAGGAAUAUAGAGGACCAACCAAGAUGCACCAGCUACUACAUAUUUUGAAGAAGGAGCAGACAAUUUACAAUACAGUCUUUCAUGAACUUAUUCGGCAGGUCAGUGUGGACUGUGCAGAUAGAGGAGAACUGCUGUCCAAAAUCAGAGAGAGGUAUGUGCAAAUGCUUGACCAGAUUGCCCAGGAGAUGAUUGACUUCUACAAAGACUUGGUAGCUCAGCGAAUGAUGGACCAGCGCAUUUUAGAAGAAUUGUAUAAUUUCAAGAAUGUUAUUGAAGAACUGACCAGGGAACUGUGUCUGGUUCGGGCACAGGAUAUUAAAUUAACAGAGGAAGCAGAGAAAGCCCACAAAGAUUUAGCACAAGCUCUUUUAGAUGCUGAAAAGAAUGCUAGAAUUGUAGAAGAAUACCAUGACUUAUAUACAUUACAAAGAGGAAGGAUGGAGAAUGAUAUUAAACACUUAAUGGAAGAAAGAGAUAUAUGGAGCGCAGCUACAUAUGAAUUGGCCCUGAAGGUAAUUGAAAGAAAUAGAGUCAUUUUGGCUAAAAGACUCUACCUCAAUGAAAAAGGUUGGAAUAAAUAUGCAAGGCAUUUCAUCAUAUUGCUGUCAAACAAGGACACUGUAGACCUUGCAGUGUUACAGAAGUUGACAGUGAAAUGGAAAAUCUCAAUGAACAAAUUUAAAAAGGAGGCGGAACGAAACGAAGAAUCUACGAAGGAGACAUUGCAGAUAAUUAAAGAUGGCCUUAUCAAAUGGCAGCAGUUCUUCGUAAAUAAUGCAAAAGACAUUUUAUCCUCUAAUAAGGAAAAUUUAUGCAAUUUAGUUCUUUCAGACUUCAGGCAAUGGCAAAGGAUGCUGGCUGAACAGAAGGAAAAGUAUACUGGGGAUGCUCUAAUGUCAAAACAUGAUACCCUCAAGAUUAUUAAACAUUUACAGGAAAACUGGGUGAAUAUUGGGCUUGGAAUUUUUAGUCGCCAUAAAAAUAUGGAGGGGGAGGUGCCACCAGAGCGACGGGACAUGGAGGACAUUUUGAAAAGCAUAGGAAAACUCUACAAAGAAUAUGAAAUAAGAAUAAGUGGAGAUAAUGGCAUCUCUAAAAUGAUUCCAAAUUUGGUUGGUACUCUUGAUUUCUGUUGUUACAAGUUGGAAAACGUGGAAUCUUUUGCUUUCUUUCUUGAAGAAUGGGAGGGAGUUGAUAAAAAAAUUAAUGAAAUGAAACCUCGGUUGGAUUCACUGAUAAACAUUAUUGGCACUGUUCCACAGCACAUGGAUGUGGAUUCUGGUCCACUAUUCCAAGAACACAUAUUUAACGUGAUUCAACAAUGGAUUUUGAAGAUAGACAAUGAAAUUAACAAUGGAAACAUUGAACUUCAGCGCCACAUGGAUGAGUUGCACAUUUCUAUGGUCCAGUGGAUGGUAAAUAUGCUGAUUAUAAUGGUUCCUGACUUUACUGACCAAAACACUCUUCCAAAAUUGGAGGAGGAAAGCGCUGAGAAACGAAAUAUAAGAGUUAUGCAGUUGGAGCUAGAUGCGACUGCACUGGCAAGAAAGUUGUCCCAGUACUCCACCUAUUUGAUCAGGUGUUGUAAAGGGAUGGUAACAGCAAUGGCUCUGACUCAAGCAGCACAGUCACAAAGUAAUCCUGCUAAGGAGCUUCGGGAGCUAGAUAGGAUGAAGAAUGAAUGUUAUGAGUGGAUCAACACAUGUACUCACCUCCUUUCUCAGAUCAAAGGCAGAAAAGUGAAGUUAUUGACAUCUAAAGAAAAAGAGACACUACUUGAAGAAGAGGAAGUUAGAAAAGACUUCAUUGAACCUGAAAUAGAUAUAGAUAAGCCUUCUAAAGAGGAUGAAGAAUUAAGUGAAGAGACUAAGGAAUCUCAGGAGAGAGUGGAAGAGGAAGAAGAGAAAGCAGAAGAGAUCCCUUCAACAUCUACAGAGAAGGAAGAAGUCAUUCGAUAUAUUGAGGAAGAUGAAAAUGUUUAUUCCAAACCUCUAUCAGGGGAAUAUGUAUUGGCUUCCUGGAAAGAAGAAGCUGAGCAAGGUAUAUUGGCUCAAAAGCAUGUUGAAGUAUUGGCUGUAAUUGAACAUAUGCAGGAGAAAUUAAAAGAGGUUGAAAGCAGAGCCAGACAGGCAGAAGAGAAAUUUGAUGAAGUAUAUGAGAAGCUUCAUUAUACCCUCAUAAAAAAUAAAGAUCUGGAAGGGGAACUAGAAGAAAUUAUCAAGAUUAGAAAGGAAUCAGAAGAUAAACAAGAAAAGGUACAACGCAAAGAGAGUAAUCCUGACGGUAAAGCCAGAAUCUGGACUAAAUCCAUUAACAAGAUAAAUCCAAGUAGCAUCCAAAGUGGAGAAGAUAGUUAUCUGCAUUUCUCAGAAGAUGAAACCAYGGCCAAGAAUGGGACUAAAAGAUGUCCUGAAGUCACAGAGCUGACUGGUGUGAGCCCACAGCUCACUGGACUCUCAUCUACAAGGAAGACCUUCAGAAGUGUGGGGAAUUAG